AUGGCCACUCCCAAGCCUACCGGCCCCGAAAUCCACAAGGCCGUCAACCUCCUCAUCAACAACCUGGUCAACAUCAAAGAUGAAAGCGGCAAGUUCCUCCUUCCUCUCCCAGACGGCCGCAUAAUCGACACAAAGUCAUGGGCAGGCUGGGAAUGGACGCACGGCAUUGGCCUGUACGGUGUAUGGAAAUACUACGAACUCACGGGCGAUGAUCGACUCCUCAAAAUAAUCGAAGACUGGUUCGCAGACCGCUUUGCUGAAGGCGGCACAACAAAGAACAUCAACACAAUGGCCGUCUUCCUCACACUCGCCUAUGUUUACGAGAAGACCGGCAAUGCCACAUAUCUCCCCUGGCUCGAUUCCUGGGCUGAAUGGGCCAUGCAUGAAUUGCCUCGUACCCGAUACGGGGGUAUGCAGCAUAUGACAUACAUCACGGAGAAUUAUCAGCAGCUCUGGGAUGAUACCUUGAUGAUGACGGUGAUGCCACUGGCGAAGAUUGGAAAGCUCCUCAACAGGCCUGAGUACAUUGAUGAGGCCAAGAAGCAGUUCCUGACCCAUAUCAAGUAUCUCUUCGAUACGAAGACCGGGCUAUGGUUCCAUGGGUGGACGUUCGAAGACGGUGGUCACAAUUUCGCCGAUGCGCGCUGGGCUCGUGGUAACAGUUGGGUUACUAUUGUCAUUCCGGAGAUUAUUGAGUUGCUGGACUUGCAGCCCAAUGACCCUAUUCGUCUCCACUUGAUUGAUACCCUUGAAGCACAAUGUGAGGCUCUCCAGCGUCUGCAGUCUCCUUCUGGUGCGUGGCACACUCUCCUCGACCACCCCGAUUCAUAUGUCGAGGCAUCUGCCACAGCUGGAUUCGCAUAUGGUAUCCUCAAGGCUGUGCGGAAACGCUACAUUGGUUCCCAGUACCGCGCUGUUGCGGAAAAGGCUAUCACUGCUGUGAUGGGUCAUAUCGAUGAACAGGGUGAAUUGCAGAAUACCAGCUUCGGUACUGGCAUGGGUGACUGUCUUGAAUUUUACAAGCAGAUCCCUUUGACGUCUAUGCCAUAUGGUCAGGCCAUGGCCAUUAUGGCUCUUGGUGAGUCAUUGCGUGGUCUGCUGUGA